CUACUCACGAGCCUCCUCUCAAAACUGCUCAUGUCACUCGAUCAUUCUCAAUCUUCUGCAACAGCUCAAAACUCAAUAUCACAUUCUCUUCUCAUUGUAUCUGCUUGGCCUCGAUUCUCCACCAGCAAAUUCUGGUCUUUUCUAGCUCAUCUUACAGCUUCUUUAACCUGCCUUGUACCGAGCGGUCCUUCAUCACCUUCCCAGAGUUUGGUUGUGACAGUAUCUGGUGUUUGCUUCGAUCGACUCAGCAUCCAGUUUCUUUCGUUUGGAGUUUCUUCAUUACCAGCGUGUGCAGACCUCUUCACGAAUUAUACAGCGUGACCAUUACCAAGUGCCUUCUACCUUCCUGUCAUUGCCUCUGAUCGACUACAUGACAUACAUGUCCGAGGCUCAGCUUACCAUGACGGGAGUGCAGCUCACUUCUUCUCCUGAGAAGGUACUGGCGUCGAUUGCCGAUGUCAAAGAACUGAACGACUCUUCGGUCACCAAUGCAGGAGUGCUGUCUGCCAUCCUCCGAGGAUUUGAGCUUCCGAAAAUUUACGUGCAGCCGGACGUCGAGAGAAAAGGCAAAGUUCACCUGGACGAAGAUAUUCAGCUGCCGUCUGUGGACCUGUCCGUCUUCAGAUUAGCCGAGGACGAUCCCAGAAGAAAAGAAUCGCUGGCUACGAUCGUUAAUUCCUGUAAAACGUGGGGAUUCAUCCAGGUCGUGGGACAUGGUGUGGACUUGCACAUGAUAAAAAGAUGUGAAGCAGAAGCACAUCGUCUCUUUGAUCUUCCGGUCUCGGUGAAGGAGAAAGUCCUUCGGGUUCCCGGAGCACUUUAUGGUUACGGAUCCAACUUUUUCCGUAAUCUUACUGCCAUGAACUGGGCAGAAAGCUUCCACAUUAGCCAUGCUAAUGUGAGAGAAUAUGCAGCCAAGCUCUGGCCCACUGAAUACGAGCAAUUCAGUUCGGCCAUCGAGGAGUACAUCACUCAAGUACAGGAUCUGGGGGACAGAUUUCGGAGGAUUUUGACCGAAGGACUCGGCGUGCCUCGUGAUCACUUCGAUCAGUAUUUUGGAGAAGGAGAUGCACUCGCAACUCUGAGACUGAAUUUCUUUCCUACAUGUCCAGAGCCUUCCAAGGCUUUGGGCUUGAAGUCACACCGAGACCCACACUUUUUCACCUUGCUGCACCAAGAUGAGAUCGGCGGCCUUCAGAUCUGGAACGAGGGCAGGGACGAAUGGUUCAACGUUAAACCCGAUCGCAACUCCUUGAUCAUUAACGUCGGAGAUAUCCUUCAGGCUGCUAGCAACGGAGUGUACAGAAGUGUUUUGCAUCGAGUGGUGGUGAACAGCUCAAAAAGUAGACUCUCGAUGGCGUGCUUCUACAACACGCGUGCUACUGUUGUCUCUCCCCCGGAGCUGAUAAGUGCUGAAAACCCUCAAAGGUACAGGCCUGUAAGAUGGGAGGAUUAUGCCAAAGAGGCAUAUACUAUAACUACAGGAAAAGUUUCACAAAUUGAUCAGCUAUACGGUAUACCAGAGCAACAACACAAGUCCUGAUCCAUUUACACAGAUGAUCGCUAAUGCAGAAACUUGAAAUCAGCUCUGACUGAUUAGUCAGAGCAGGUGUUGGCCACAGUAUUGUGGGCUGUCUGAGCUAUUCUUAGGGUCCAAGAGAUUCAGACUAUAAUAAUCUUCAAAGCGUCAAGAGGUUAACAAGUUCAACCAACAUACUUACGUGGAGAAGACAAGCUUGAUAUAAGGUCAAGAUUUGUCUUCCAUGACGAGCAGCGAUCGACAUUCAUCGGUUUGUUUAGGGACGCUCGCUAGGACCAACAGUACUAUAAGCUUCAUGCCGAGCAACUAGGGACAAUUUUCGGCAUCUUCGUUGAGACACACGUCAUAUAUUACUUCUCCAGGAUUCAUAGGUUUGUUCGGUGAAUAUUUAAAAGUUAUCAUUGACAGAUGGUAUGAUUACGGCCAUGAUGUUAUUGGAUCCAUCGAGCUUCAAGUAUCUGAAACAUGGGUAGAUGUACUCAGCAAUUUUGGCAGACUUUUGUCAUUGUUGUCAGACCCUGUUGACAGUGGUCCACGCUGUAAAUUAUACGAGACCAUAUAGUAAUAAAAUAUCGGAUGCCG